ACGCUGCCGGUGCCACGAGUUGGCCUUGUAAGCAGUUGCUUGUAUAUGGCAUGGCUGGAUAUUAUGACGCGCGAUUUGCCGCCAACGCUGCUGAUCCGCGGCAAUCAAACAUCCGUCCUGACAUUCUAUUCAUAA